UUUCUUUUUCUUUCUUUCUUUCUUUUAUAAUCUUGCUUUCUAUAUGACCAACUAAUUUAAUUAGCAACGACCAACAACCCCAACACUCCCUCGCGAUUCCCGAGGACGACCUCGGCGUUAAGCGCGUGAGGGACCUCAAGAAGCGGAAGCGCGAGGAGCCUGUUGCUUCGGGGACUCUCAGGAUCUGGAAUCUCGAGUUCAUUGAAGAAGAAGAUGAGGAAGGCGAGGGUGUGGUUGAGAAGAGGGUUUGGGAGUGGAGGAAGAGGUUGGUGGAGAAGAUGAACGGGAUUGAGCUGAAUCUUGAAGGGGUUAAGUUCAAGCUUGAUGUUGCUGUUCCCGAUUCGGAUGAUUUUGAGGCAAUGAAGAAAGAUUGGGAACAGUUUUUUGCGUUUGAUACUCGAGGGUACUAUAGAGGGAAGCGUGAACCAGAUACGAUUAUUUUGAGGGGUGUGCCCUCACGAUGGUUUGCUGAGCCUAGAGUUUCUUCUAAGCCUUCCAUGCUCGUCACACAUACCAUCUUCUCAACAUUUGGCAAGAUAAGGUACUUGCAGGAAUUGAUUGUUUUUAUCUUGCAUUUGAUUUUCAAUGAUUUUAUUUUUCAUGGAACAAAUAUUUUUAAUCACGAUUUGGUUGGAGGUGAAGACUAUAUUUUUUCCUUCGAUGAUUUUGUUUCUUUGACCUUUUUAAGCAGUACAAUGAACCUUCUUAAUUUGCUGUACUUAUUGUUAAAUGUUGUUAUCUCCCACCCUAUACUGGUACUUAAUUGCAGCAGAUCGUUACAAAAGUGAAGCUCCUAGACGCCAUACCCCUUAUGCUCGCCACAGCCAGAGAAUGUGUGACCAAGGAUUUAAAUUCAAAAUGCUUCAUCAAUAACAUAUAUUAAAGCACCCAAAUUUAACUAUAUGUAUAUUAAAGAUUAUCCAACAUGAUUAAUU